GAUUUAGAUGUUUAACUAUAAACACAAACAUUUCUUUUAAAAAUGUCACAAUUAAGACCCUUGAACAAGGAUCUAGAGGAAAUUGCCUAUAGGGAUUUAAAUGAAAUUAAAACCCGCAUACCCCAAGAUUUGCAGUCAUUACGUGCUUGGCUGGAAAAACAACCCCAUUUGAAGUCUAGAACUGAUGAUCAGUUUUUAAUAGCAUUUUUACGUUUCUGUAAAUAUAGUUUAGAAAGUGCUAAACAACGUAUAGAUUAUUUUUAUACCUAUAAAACAACGGCAAAAGAUUUACUUAAAUCAAGAAGUAUAGAUGAGAAAAUUUUGGAUAUAGCACAAUCGGACAUACUUUACACCUUACCCAAGCCGGCCGGAGGACCUGGUGGCCCUCGUAUACAUGUUACGGUUAUGGCCAAUAUAAAUCCUUCCCUACACUCAGUGGCCGAUAUAUUUCGUUAUCAUGUAAUGCGCAGUGAAAUCGAAAUUAAUACCGAUGACAAUUGGAAUAUAACGGGUGUUAUUGAGAUAGUAGAUUUUUCCAAAAUACCUUUUGCCUUUUUAAAGCAAUUUGAAUUGAGUUUGUUUAAACAAAUGUCUGCCAUUUUAGAACAUGGUAUACCCACCAAUUUAAGGGGCACUCAUAUAGUGAAUGCCUCCAAAGAAGUACAAAUAAUUAUGGGUUUAAUAAGGAAUGUAAUGAAACAAAAGGAUUUGCUACAUGUUCAUCCAAAUUUGGACUCCUUACAACAAGCCAUAGGUAAAGAAUAUUUACCUGUGGAAUAUGGUGGUUCUAAUGGUACUCUCAAGGAGGCAGCUGAGAAUUACGAAAAACUUUUACUGAGUUUUAAGAGUUAUUUUGAUGAAGAUGAUCGUUAUGGUGUGGAGGAAAAGUUGCGCCAGGGUGAAAAUGUUUGCGUAUUAUUUGGUGAUAGUGCUUGUGGUUCAUUUCGUAAAUUAGAUAUAGAUUAAAGGUGUUUCGAAAUACAAAUGUUUAAUAUGUUUCUAUUUAGUAUUUUUUAUCUUUUAUUAUAGUUUUAUUGUCUGUAGAUGUUUAUAAAAAUAAAAUUUUAUUAUGUCAAUAAAAU